AUGGUGUUCAACGAACUGUUGGCACUGCAGCAGCAAUAUUUCAAUAGCUCAACAACCCACGAUUGGGAUUGCGCCCGCUUCGAUUAUUAUUUGCUUAGUAAAGCUGCGAUUACGCUGGCACAGUCCUUAUCCAUGAUAUACACGUUGUACGGCGUCACUAGCUCGCCAAGUAUUAGUUUUUUGAUUAUGAUUUUGAUGGUGAUUGUCCUGCAGAAUGUGCUCUUUUUUGUUGAAAUGCAUUAUUUCAUUGCUGUUCUGUACAUUUAUCGCUACUUUUGGUUACUGCACCAGCAAUUCGAGUGCGUGAGACUCCAGCGGAACCAACCAAGUGCAGUAAGGAACGUUACUGCAGUUGGUAUACAGAAUUGUUUACACCCUGCCAAAAGUUUAGUGGAGGAAUUCAACAGAAUGACUGACAUAUAUAUACGCCUUAUGUAUGUAUCUGCGAAGCUGUCCAGACUAUAUGAACAGCAAUUACUAAUGCUGAUCGGUUCGUUCGUAAGUGCAAAUGUGCAGAGUCUGUUUUAUAUAUGCGUCUUCUUCAGUGGAAAAAUAGUAGAGGUCACAUUUGAAAAUUUUUUUUACUUUUCGCAAGGUUUUAUAGUUAAUGUAAUAGAUUUUUGGAUCAAUAUAACCGUAUGCGAGCACACUUUACGCACAGCCAGUGAAACGUUGUCUUUCCUACAAAUCUUUGGAGAAUACACAAAUCUAGACAGGGAAGAAGCACAAAGCCUUGAAAUGUUUUCCAUUUUAUGCUGCAGCCAUACUUUAGACUUCCGUAUCUGCGAUUUCUUUGAACUAAAUCACAGCACAGGCCACAGGGUACUUAUGACUGCAAUACUCUAUCUCGUAUUCCUGGUACAGUUUGAUUAUAUGAAUCUGUAA